GGAAGAUCCCGGAGAUCACCCCGCGAAGACCCAGUGUCGCGUUUUUGCUCGCGGAGGCUUGCGACCGGGGACGAGCCGCCGCGGGAAGAAGGGACCCCAGUUUGGGAUUCGCGGUCCGGAGUUCGAGAGUAGUAUUCUAGGAACUGUAAGAAGGGCCUGUAAUUUCUAAGAGCAGGUUGGAAAUUUGGCAAGCCCUGGAAGUUUGUAUUUGACCUGUGGGCACCAGAGAGAGAGCUGCCACUUGGUGUCUGCCUUUGUCACAGACCUUUGUCUAGGAGGAGAAGCCCCCACGAAUGAAUAGAGACUCCUGUGAGCCGAGGACACCAUGGCCACAUCAGCCCCACUGAGGAGCCUGGAGGAAGAGGUGACCUGCUCCAUCUGCCUCGAUUACCUGCGGGACCCUGUGACUAUUGACUGUGGCCAUGUCUUCUGCCGCAGCUGUACCACUGAUGUGCGCCCCAUCUCAGGGGGUCGCCCUGUCUGUCCCCUCUGCAAGAAGCCUUUUAAAAAAGAAAAUAUCCGACCUGUGUGGCAGCUGGCCAGCCUGGUAGAGAACAUCGAGCGGCUGAAAGUGGACAAGGGCAGGCAGCUGGGAGAAGGGACCCAGGAGCAGCAGGAUGCAAAGUUGUGUGAGCGGCACCAGGAGAAGCUACAUUACUACUGUGAGGAUGACGGGAAGCUGCUGUGCGUGAUGUGCCGGGAGUCUCGGGAGCACAGGCCCCACACUGCUGUCCUCAUGGAGAAGGCUGCCCAGCCCCACAGGGAAAAAAUCCUGAACCACCUGAGUAUCCUAAGGAGAGACAGAGACAAAAUACAGGGCUUUCAGGCAAAAGGAGAAGCUGAUAUCCUGGCUCUGCUGAAGAAGCUUCAGGACCAGAGGCAGUACAUCGUGGCUGAAUUUGAGCAGGGCCACCAGUUCCUGAGGGAGCGGGAGCAGCACCUGCUGGACCAGCUGGCCAGGCUGGAGCAGGAGCUCACAGAGGGCAGGGAGAAGUAUAAGACCAGGGGCAUCGGGGAGCUUGCCCGGCUGGCGCUGGCCAUCUCCAAGCUGGAGGGCAAGGCACAUCAGCCGGCUGCAGAGCUCAUGCAGGACACCAGAGACUUCUUAAACAGGUAUCCACGGAAGAAGUUCUGGAUUGGGAAACCCAUUGCUCGGGUAGUUAAAAAAAGGACAGGAGAAUUCUCAGAUAAACUUAUGUCUCUGCAAAGAGGCCUGAGAGAAUUCCAAGGGAAGCUGCUGAGAGACUUGGAAUAUAAAACAGUGAGUGUCACCUUGGACCCACAGUCAGCCAGUGGGUACCUGCAGCUUUCAGAGGAUUGGAAGUGCGUGACCUACAGCAGCCUGUACCAGGGUGCAUACCUGCACCCCCAGCAGUUUGACUGUGAGCCGGGGGUGCUGGGCAGUAAGGGCUUCACCUGGGGCAAGGUCUACUGGGAGGUGGAGGUGGAGAGGGAGGGCUGGUCUGAGGAUGAAGAGGAGGGGGACGAGGAGGAAGAGGGGGAAGAGGAGGAGGAGGAAGAGGAGGCCGGCUACGGGGAUGGGUAUGAGGACUGGGAAACAGAUGAGGACGAGGAGUCAUUGGGGGACGAAGAGGAAGAGGAGGAGGAGGAGGAGGAGGAAGUUCUGGAAAGCUGCAUGGUGGGGGUGGCCAGAGACUCUGUGAAGAGGAAGGGAGACCUCUCCCUGCGGCCAGAGGACGGGGUGUGGGCGCUGCGCCUCUCCUCAGCAGGCAUCUGGGCCAACACCAGCCCCGAGGCCGAGCUCUUCCCGGUGCUGCGGCCCCGGAGAGUAGGCAUUGCCCUGGAUUAUGAGGGGGGCACCGUGACCUUCACCAACGCGGAGUCACAAGAACUUAUCUACACCUUCACUGCCACCUUCACUCGGCGCCUCGUCCCCUUCCUGUGGCUGAAGUGGCCAGGAACACGCCUCCUGCUGAGACCGUGAGCCCAAGCCCCUGCUGCCAGCCCCAGACCCAUCCAAUCUUCAUUUCUCUGGAAUUCCAGAGAACCCUGUGAUGGGGUCUUGGAGGCACCAGACCAGAGCCCUUGGAGCAGCAGAGAGGAGGGACCCCAUGUGUGCUGCCUCCCCCUCCUCGUGGCUGUGGCCCCGGGGGCCCUCAGUGCUGUCACUCCAUAGGUACUGCUGUAGUCGGGCCUCCUGAAGUUCCUGUGCCAAUUUCUGACCCUGAAGUCCAUGAGGGCUCCUCCUCCUCCUGCCUACUGCCUUUGACCCAGCUCUGCACUCUUUUUAUUGAGUAAGAGGCAAGGCAGGAUUUCCUUGCCCAGUAUGGCAUGUCAUGCCGACUGUUCUUGGAAACACCAUUGACUUACAAGUCAAAGCUGCUUCGCUGUCCUUGGAUCCCAUAGCUUCCCCCUUGCCCAAAUCCACUCUGCUCCCUACCUUCUCUGACACUUUAAAAAACAUUGAACAUACAGGAAAAUGCUGAAAACAGACAACAAAAAUUCACUGAGGCCCUUUAAAUAAGCCCCUUGGAGUGCCAGUGGAUGUCAUCUCGGGAGGUCUGGAAUGGAGUCCAUGCUUCCAGACCGGGGCUGGGCACAGGAGGUUUCCGCUAAGGAGGUGAUAUCUCUGGUCUUAGGGGAAGGAUGUAGAUACUUGUGGCUUUGGAGUAACAUUGUGACCAGUGAUCAGUAAAUGAUCUCUGGGUUGGGCCUUGGGAGAGGAGUUUUUCAAAAGAAUCCAGAAUCUCCUGCUCUUGAUCAGUCCAUCUAAAAACACCAGGGCAAUUGUCCAGUAAAGCAGAGCCUCCCCUGCCUUAGAAGCUUUGGUGGAUUUCUCCAGCAGGGUAAUAAAUUUCUGUCACUGGCCCUACUCAACAUCUGGGGUCUGUUUUCCUAAGAGAGGGACUGGGGAGGGCAAAACCAGACAGGCUGUGUGGGGAGAUGGAAGGAAGGCAGCAGGAAUCCACAACGAGGCCACCAGAUCUUCGUGUCAAGAGCGGCGUUAAAGCAUCUUUGCCCACAGGCCCAACCCAAGUCCCAGCCUCUGUGUCUGGGCUCCCCUGGUGCCCGUGGUCUAACAUGCGCCCUGCUUCAACCAGAUUACCUCAGGCCUUUGUGUUUACCCGUUGCAGGCCCUCUGCUAGUCCCCUGCUUAUCCUCUCUGCCACUCUGAGAGACUGUGCCCAACCGCUGGGAAUCUUGGCGGGUGGGCUCUUGGCCACCACAUUGAAGUUGUACUCUUUGUAUAUAUCACAUGCUGCCUGAGUUACACAGCCAUCUGAUUUCUGCCUCUAGUUUUGUAAGCUCCUUGAGGGCAGGUACCAUAUCUUAUACUUGUCUUGUAUUCUCCAUGGCACCUAGUGCAGUGCUGGGCACAGAGUAGGUGCUCAAUAAAAAGUUGUUGAAUGAA